AUGAAGUUUCUUAUCAUUUUCUGUCUAGCGGCGGUGUCUGUCCAUGCCCAAUUUAGUGCGUCUGCUCAAAAGGAAAUAGUCACCUACAUUAACGAUUUACGCUCCCUCGUGGCAAGUAGAAGAUUUCAUCUCGAUUCUCGAGAUGUUGAAACUUUGCCGCCAGCGUCAGAUAUGCUUAAAAUGACCUGGAACUCUACGCUGGCAGUUGCAGCGCAAAAACUUGCAAAAACUUGCUUUAUUGCUGUUGAAUCGUCGUCGCCUGGAAUAGCCGACAAACGUAUUGUAGCAGCAAACGUGGUUACGGUUGCCAAAAAUGCACUGGGUCAUUGGAAACACUCACUAAACAAAGAAUGGAACUUGAAAAGUUAUAAUAGUAAUUACAUUGGAAUUCAACUAAUCUGGGCCAAAUCUUCAUCAGUUGGCUGUGGGUUUAGUCCGUGUGAAAUAGACUCCCAGGGGAGACGUUGGUACAAAGUAGUGUGUUCGUUUGAGAAAAAAGGAGGUAUUACUCGUGAGCCCGUCUACAAAAAGGGAAAAGCCUGCGAGGCGUGUCCAGCUGGCACUAAAUGUGCUUCUGGAUCGGUUUUGUGUUCUUAA